CGCACAUAAUUUUUUUUCUUUUCUUCAUUUCCUCUCUUUUCACCAUACUUCAGAAAGGCGUCAGAUACCAGCCAUCUUCAGCGAGUCGAGUCGACGACACUCCAGUACUCCAAUGUCCAGUACUUCUCAACAGUUCAAUCCGAGCAUGCAUGAAAGACGUCUACGAAAGGAUUCGGUGGGAAGAAGGCUGCUGACAGGUAUAACUUCCACCAUUCGCUCUAAAUCAGGGUAUUCUAAACACGGUGUUGUCCCGACUCCAUUCACGACCAGCGAAGAAGCCACUACCGACAGUUCCUUCAGUGGAGAUUUAACAGAAACAUGCACAAGUGAGCCACUCCAGGAGAUCUAUUGCAGCAGCGAUGUAGACUCCGACAGAGAAGGAUAUGAGAAGAGUCCUCGUAGUAGCCAUCAUAGUACUGGCUAUAGAGCCACGCUCACAUCCGGUGCUCGAUCCAGCCAAACCGAUAGCGACAGUGGAGACAACAAAACCACCACCACCAAAAAAAGUCUGAAAUCUCUCUUCAGAUCGACAACUUCAUCCAAACGAGGGAGUGCCGGAGACUAUGCAGUUCAGGAGAAGUCCAAUACCGCUAUGCACUCCAACAAGUUUGAAGAUGCAUGGUCAUCUACACCCUCUGCGGCAACCCUCUCGCAGGCAUCACGUCGUUCUAUACAAUUGCAUCAAACCAAUCCAAUGAUGGAUAAAGACGAGCAACCGGAAACGGCUCCUAAACGCUCAUCCGUACAAAUGCUCGUAUCUCCAUUCACACGAAAGACGAGCAUAAGAAUGGUAGCAGAGUCAACCAGCAAAUAUUCCAUAUGCUUGCCUUUGGAAGACGAUGGCAGUCCCGCUGACUCCAGUAACCAAAUGCUACCCCAUGAGCAGCACGAAGAAAGCGACUCCAGUAUAGAAAGCUUGAUGCGAAAUGCGUUUGCUAGUGAUGUCGACAUCAGCCUCUUGGACAAAGCUGACUUCUCAUUUCCCGUCUCACCCAGUUUCGACGCUCCUAGGACGGAUACGAAAAAGAAAGCUCGCAGUGCCACACUUUCACGUCGACGCACUCGUUCUGGAUACGCCACGACUAGAGCACGCGAGACGGAUGACUAUCUAAGCCCAUAUACAGAUGAUAACCUCAAAGUGCCAUCGCCGAAACGCUCAAGUUUCAUUAGCAUGCUCACUCCCAGAACCACAUCCCCUACUGGCUUUUCGUCGAAGCCCGUCACACCCAGGCAAAGUUCCAGUGAAAGUACCAGUAGAGGACUCAUGGCACUGGGCAACGGCAAAAAAGGCUCUUCUAUACGCAGUGUGUCCAGUCAAGCCGUACCGACCAUUCAAACCGAAAUUGCAGAACCGACCUUCAUCCGAUCUAGGGCUAUCAGCAUGACUCUUCGUGGAGUCGAUAGCAAAGUUAACCUUUGCAACAAUUUUCUUGGCUUGGGCAGCGACCUGAUGGGAUUAACCACCAAACACAUGAAGCACUUUAAAUCCGAAAGCGAUCUUAUCAAACUCAAGGUGAACACCCCUCCGUCAAGGUCAGAGUCGGAUCUCUCCAAAUAUCCCUCGAAAACUUCUUCAGAGAGCAAAGAAUCGUCUUCAAGCAAUACAACUUUGAAUGAAUCCAGACCUCAUCGGCGUUCAGCUACCAUGCGACGACCUACUAGUCCUACCCUUGAAGAUGACAGUUUAAUAUCGCUAUUGAGCAACAAACUAAGGAGGCCGGCUCGUAAUCGUAGCGCAACUUCCAAACCAGUAUCUGAGGUAAGGCAUCCAUGAAGAAGCGAUCGGCAGCCUACAGUACUAUUGACAUACGCUAUCGCGCCACCAAACGAUACGAUAUAGAUAUUCGUUCCCACUGGUGUACCC